AUGGCUCGAAAGAGUGGUAAGAAAAUGGUGGUUAAAUCCACUAAGAAAGUCGUUGAAGAAAGUGUUCAAGUUUCAGUUAUAAGCAGCAACAAGAGACUAACACGUAGAAACAAAGAUGCUGAAGCAGAAGAACAAGAAAAAGAGCAAGUAUUAAGAGUCAUUCCUGUUCAUGAAGCAAAAGGAGACGAUUCAACUUCAGGCACAACAACAAUCUCUAGUGAAAACAAAAACAAUGACCAGGAAGAACAAAACAGAAACAUUAAUAUCAUCAGAGAGGAGAUGAAGAAGAGCAAGACAGAGAAAGUGAGUAAGAAGAAGAGGAAGAAGAGUGUUGAAGGGUACCAAAGGUAUGUGUACAAGGUGUUGAAACAAGUGCAUCCUGAAAUGGGAGUUUCAUCGAAAUGCAUGGUGAUUUUGAACAAUUUUAUGAAUGAUAUGUUUGAGAGAGUAGCUAGUGAGGCUAGUAAGUUGAAGGAUUAUACAGGAAACAUGACAUUGUCAUCAAGGGAGAUUCAAGGAGCAGUUAAGCUUGUUUUGCCUGGUGAGCUUGGGAAACAUGCCAUUGCUGAAGGGAUUAAAGCUGUCAACAACUAUACAGCUUAUCAAUCUGCAUCAUGA